GACGCCAGCAGCUCGGCCAGCCUCGGUGCAAGCCUCAAGGGGGAAAGCAGGAGGAAGGGGCUGUGAGGAGCCAGGAGACUGCAAGGAAGCGGGCCGGGGCAGGUUAUUGCAUAGUAGAAAAGCAUGGGCAAUUUCAAAGGUCAUGCGCUCCCUGGAAGCUUUUUCCUUCUUUUUGGAUUGUGGUGGUCAGUGAAGUAUCCGCUGAAGUACGUCUGUCGAAAAAACAAGAAUGCUUGCUACCUUGGCUCCAGGGCAGGAUUUCAGCGCCUGGAAUUUGUUGAGGGGAUCAUCAAAGCUGUCUUUGCCCUGAUUGGAAUGGUGGCUGAGCAGUUUGUUCCUGAUGGACCUCAUCUGAAGUUGUAUAAUUACGAGGAAAAACACUGGGAUCACUUGAUGAACUGGCAGCAUGCCACCAUGUAUCUCUUUUAUGGCAUUUCAGGGUUGGUUGACAUUGUGGCUCAUGGGACAAAUGCGUUGCCAGUGGCCAUGGACAGAAUGAUGCUUUCAUUAGCAGUUUUUAUAGAAGGCUUUCUCUUCUGUUACCAUCUUCAUGGGAGAGCCAUGCUGGAUAUUCAUGUUCAUCAGUUAUUGUUAUUUGCUAUCUUUGGAGCUGCUGUUUGCAUAUUUCUGGAAGUUUUCUUCCGUGGCAGUAUUGUACUAGAGAUGCUCCGUACAAGCCUCUGCAUAUUACAAGGCAGCUGGUUCUGGCAGAUUGGCUUCGUUCUUUACCCUCCAAAUGGGAGCCCGGAGUGGAAUCAAAUGGAUCAUACUAAUAUGAUGUUCCUGACAAUGUGCUAUUGCUGGCACUAUGCUUUUGCUUUUCUUAUACUUGCAGUGAAUUACACAAUUGUCAGCUGGGCAGUUCGUUCAAAGAUUAAACAGUCCCAGUCCAUGGAGAUGGGAUUACUGAAAACAUCUGAACGAGAUCAGGAGUCAGAAGAUGAAAUUUAGUUUGAAUGGGGCUUUACUAGUUUGCCCACUCUACUCUUAGGCUAACUGUUACCUCAUUUCUAGACUUGUUUACCAUCUUAUUUAUCCUUUAUACAACCUGCUAUGCAAAUAUCAUCCUUUGGAGUACUGUAUACAUCUGCACAGUUAGAUUUUUAUUUGCAGAGGGUAAGCUUGAUGUGUGGUGGUUCCAAUAAUACCUUGCUUAUCAUGUAUUUCAGUGUAAAAACAGAUUAAUAUUAGACAAACUUGGAUUAGAUGAGGUGACAUUACCAAGUCUGUGAGUUAGACUUACGAACAGCUAAGCAAAAUGUUUUCCUUCUGCUUUUGAAGGAACUGAUAAGAUGAACUAACAAUUAAGAUGUUCAAAUAAGUGCUUUUGCUGAACUACUAGUCACUGUGCAUAAAUAACUGUGCAGACCUUGAAAACAGUAGAACAUAGAAAGUGACAGUCUUACAGCUGCCUUGUCCAACACAUUUAUGUCUUUCCUUGUAGCUUUAUGUUAAAUGGAAAGGACUACUCACUGCAAGUCCGGUCAUCAUUUCCUUGAAGAAGAAUUUGUAGUUUGGUCAUGCUCAUUUAGACACUACCAAACUUCUGUAGGAGGACCAAAGAGGAGUAUAAUAAUUAAAAAUGACUGGAAUUAUUCAUUCUGGAGCCUAGAUGUUCCUGCCUCUUUCCUAUCAUUUGGCUUUGAAAGGCAGUGAAUUGGCUCUAUUUCUCCCAGGCGUACUGAGUGACUUUUUUUCUAGAAUGGCUGGUGUGUGUCCAGGGGGGCAGCAUCUGACCACAAAGGCAGUUUCUUUCCCCAAUGUUGUUUCCCUUCCUUCAGUGGAAUUUAGUGGAAUUCAGCAGAGUUCAGGGAGAGACACAGGAUCGGACACAGCACAUAAUCAGAAGCAUAAUAAGAAUGCUGAACUGGAUGAGAUGGUGGGUGAGAUGGAUUUGCCCUCUUUCCCCAGCCUCUCCCUAGCAAGUUUUGAGCAGCCUGCGUAAUGAGCUGUGUGAGGGCAGAUGUUCAUAGUAACUGCAUGCCCAGCUAAUCACAGUAGUGUCUGAAUUCAGAAAAGAAAGAUUGUUUUUUAGUUGUAUUUCUUUUUUCAAAUGGACAGACUGAUGUCCUGAUCCUGCGAAAAACAGGGUGCCCUCCCCUCCAGCGUUCAAUGUCACUAGGAUGUGCUCCAAUCUGAACAGUGCAAAAAAAGGAAGUAAAUGAUACGUGGCAAAAGACGUGGAAGGUUAUGUUGUACAUAAGCACACUGCCCCCAAGGGGUGGACAUGUGAAGUAUAACUCUAGCUCUAAACGCAUCUCUUGAAAGACACGAGAGCGUUUGUUCAGCAACACGUACGCUCUAUUUCCUAGAGGACGGAGCGCAGAAGGAAUGCUGGUGGCAGUGGCCGGUUCUGUAUAUCCGUCAGUAGUGAGGUGGUUAUUCUGGAAAAGUAGCUCCAUCUGUUUAGAAUACCUCUUGUAAAAAUCUCAUCUUCUUCUAAUUACUUUUGGAAAUUUGCUGGUACAGGACAAUAAAUUCUGUACAAAUACUACUAGUUCAUCAAGCUUGAUACUACAGAAGUAUAUUUCUCUCGCUAUUCUAAUAUCUGCCUAUGCUCCUAAGGGAAUGCAGAACUGGACUCCGGUGGACGAACAAGAGUUGCAGGAUCUGAUCCCUUCACUGUUGAGCUUCAUCUGUAUUUUUUCAGUGUAAACCAGAAAAAUUAGUAGCAUAAAAUCACUAAUUGCAGUAAGCCUAUUGCUUAAGAAGAUAAGCACAGAAAAUAAUUUAUAGCUCAAAGGGAUCCCAAGAUUUAGAAAAAAAUCAAGGCUGUUUCACCUUGCAAGGAACAUAAGCAUUCACCUCAUUUUUAGGACCCACAUACUUUUCUUCUCUUUUUAAAGAGAGCCUUCCUUAGCUGUAUGUGCUGCUAAUUGCUUAAGUUUUAGAAUGUCAGGCUUAUCACUGCCUUUCUAAAGGAAGUGAAGUUGUUUAUUCUGAGGUAAAUCUUAAGAAAGUACUUUGCGCCUCACAGGCAGAAUCAUUGCAAGUUUCUUCCCUGCUUUUCUGAAUAAAUAUAUUUAAUACUGCACAAGUAUUAAGGUGCUCUAUCUCUAAACUAAAGGGAUAACUUAACCAGGAGAAAAGUAUCUUAAUGUGGCUGAGCUUAGAAGACUUCAGUUGGUCUUUUUGUAAAACACUUCACAUUUUUGCUAAGUGUCAUGAAGUGACACUUGGACCUAGAUGUGAGGCUAUCUAGAUGAACCUAAUUCUGAAGUGAGAAUAGUUGACUCCCAGACGUUUCUCUGUUUAGAAAUGUGCAAUGGGAAACGGCAGAUGCACAGCCAAAGAAAGAUCACCAUUUCUCUCAAUAAUAGUUUGCUCUUCUUUAGUGCCUUUCUCUGAAAGGUCUUGGAGAUUUUGGCAAACUUACAAAAUCUGUCUCAGGGCAGUCUUGUGAACUAGGUAUCAGUAUGGGUAUUUUUGCAGCUUUGCAUCUCAGCUUUACAGUGGUCUUGGUGUAAGCUCUGAAGUAAAUGAUGCCUCCUUCACUGGGCAAAUCUAAGACUUGAGUUUCACUGAUGCAGUUCCAUUAAAAUCAAAUUUUCUGUUGGCAUAAGUCAGAAGGAAGAUCCACUGCAGCAGGGAUACGUUGGCCCAAUGCAGCGUGCCGUUAUACCCAACUGCAGUCUUAAAUUCAGGUAUAAUUCAUUGUUCUUCAUCACUAUUGUCUGUAAGUUUUUUUUAAAGGGCAGAAUUUUUUACCCGUUAGCAUAUUUGAGAUACAGAGCUUCUGCUGCGCUGUGAAGUGAAGAAGAUUGUUAUAUAUCUAGGAGAACUUGGGGAUUAUUACAGAAGUUCAUCUUAAUAAGCCAAAAUCAAUUGACAAAGUGAACCCCAUGGAUGAGUUAAAUAUUUUAAUAACUUGAGUGAGCUGUGAAUUUGGAGGAUGUUUAGCAAAUUCUCCUUUUGAAAAAACAGCUUUUUUUAGAACCAAAAAGAGCCAGUACUAGAACUCGAUGGCCAGCAAAGAAGUUACCUGCCAGUGUUUCUCUUGUGACCUUCUCAGCCUUGCGAUUCUGACUCUCUCCUUAACUGCGCCUGGGCAUUAUUCCAGCAGUGGUUGUAGGUCUGUAUUUUGUUGUGAGAGAACUUGGUUAGGAUUCAGCCUGCUGAGAGGUAUCAUCUGCAUCUCCCUAUGUCCCCUUUCUGUGAAUCUCCUGCCGAUUGUCACAGAACUGGAAAAAUAAGCCUAUCAGACUCACUUUGCUGGCUCUGGUAUAACCAUGCGUAGCAAGGACACUUAUAGAGGACUCCAGUAAGGAAGCUAAUACAGUCUGUGGCAAAAAAACGUUAGGAUGUACUUCUUACAAGAAGUAACUCUUCAUAUAAGAGCAGGUGGCACUGUGUUCUUAAGCUUGAAGAAAUGCCAGUCAAAACACGUCCUGAAGCCUUAAAGAAACAAUAGUUUGGAUUUAAUUUUUAAUGUUUACACUACAUGCAGAGUGAAAGUUAAAGUGCUUUUCUCAGCCUAAUAUAUUUUUGGUAGCACAAAAGAAAGAAACAAUCCCUUUAAGGAGUGGUCAUUUGUUAAGCAGGACAUCUGACCCAUUCUUUUCAAGCUUUAUUCAAAAGAGUUGUCCAGAACACCAAGGUAGCUAUUAUGGUUAAAAAGGUGUGACCUUUGGUGUUCUGCUAGCGACAGAUUUUAUUUGGAUUUCAUGAGUGGAUGGAGGUCUGACAAGUUUACAAAUGCCACUCAGAAAAAGGUAGCUGCUCUCAAGAAAAUUUAAAUUAUUGUUAAAUAUUGGUGCCUUUUAAAAAACUAUAUGGUAGUUAAUGAUAGACAAGAUAUGCCUGUAAUUUUAUUUAAAUAAAAAUGAUUUAUUCAU